UCAAAUCGUCGAAUCUCUUAGCGACCCCGUUUUAACGAAGGGGAGCGUGACAUGUUUCAUAAUGUCAAAAAUGUCGGGUCCUAAAAAUCAAUUUUCUCCUCGGGGACUCCACUCGGUUGCCGGCCAUGGCGGAGAAUUUGGCCCCCGAGAAGCGCCACACCUUCGUGCACAACGGGCAGAAGGUGUUCGAGUGGGACCAGACGCUAGAGGAGGUGAACAUGUACAUCGAGCUCCCCAAGGGCGUGCCCACCAAGCUCUUCCACUGCACCAUCCAGGCCAGCCACGUCGAGCAUGACCUGAUGCACCCCGUGAAGACCGACUCGUCGUUCUGGACAAUAGAGGAUGCUGAGAUGCAUAUAACACUGCAAAAAAGAGAGAAGGGGAAAACAUGGUCAUCCCCAAUACAAGGGCAAGGGAUUUUGGAUCCAUAUGCUGCAGAUCAAGAGCAAAAGCGGCUUAUGCUCCAAAGGUUUCAGGAAGAGAACCCAGGGUUCGACUUUUCGCAGGCUCAGUUCAGUGGAACCUGCCCUGACCCAAGAACCUUCAUGGGAGGAAUACGCUCUGAGUGAAGCUCCCUACCUGCCCAUGUUGGUGUUGUAUUCCCGGUUGGUGUCUAUCAUGGAAAUAAUCGUGAUGUGUAACCAUUUUGUGUGCAAGCUCAUUAAUUGGCUGUAAACCCUUUUGGCAACCUUUGCGUGCUAAAUUCUAGUUAUAGUUGUGAUCGUCAUUCAGUGUUCGUUUUUAGAUGUAUAUUAAUAAUAUUUAGGAAGAGUUGAUGGCAACCUCUGCAUGCUAAAUUCUAGUUAUAGUUGUGAUCAUCAUUCAGUGCUAGACUGCUCGUUUUUUGA